CAACAGGAUGGUAGCGCUCCAGGAACAGGGUUGAAGAACCCUGUAGUAAUAGGCUACAUCUGUACGUACAGACUGAGGAAAUUGUGACAUCAUUUACAUAUUUUUUCCGCUCCCUUACCUAAAAAAAAGCACUACAAGUAAGAUCUGUGGUAGGCCUGUAGCCGGUGGUGUCUGUAUGCCGCAUGUGUUCCCCGCUGGCUUCAUCCAUCUGCGCAGAAGCCAAAAUGCAACCGUCACGUUCUCAUUACGAACAGGGUAUGAUUACGGGGGCCUAAUAAGCUUGGGGACCCAACAUAGGAGGACGGAUGCCAGCUGAGCCCCUCAACUCACCAGACCAUCGCUAUUGUCAAUAUCCCAGAAUUCUCAGCUAGGCCCCUGAGAAGGCCUUCUUGCAAACCCUUGGAGCCAUGGAACACAAAAUACAACAGCGGGACAAAAACAGGCCCAGCUACUUUGGCAACGUCAAGACCAGACUGGGGUCCAAGCUCCCUGUUGGGGACACCCAGUCCCCCAGGUUAAUUUCCGGACCCUUGGAGACAGGACCUCAGACCGGCCCAACCAAGGAGGCCAGGGCCAGCGGUCAGGGCCACCGUGCCGUGGGGCGUCCCCUUGACCACGUCCCCCACAUCCGGAACCCCCGACUGAGACAGUAUUACCUCCAAGAACCUAGAUGGGGAACGGAGGGAACCAUGGCCAAGUCCAUGGGCAGAGAUCAACAGUCAGAUGACAAGGUAGACACUAUGGCUCACCAUGAAGACACGGUGUUCAGUGUCAUCUCCAAGUGCAGUAGCUUGGCAGAUCAGACUAAGCUGAACAGGCAGCUCUCCACCUCCAUCUCUUCCUCCCUCAUCUCCCGGCAGAACCUCUGCGUUCCCAAGAGUAAAGGCUCUGGCCAAGGCUCAUGUCCCGCAGUGAUGCACCUUGACCCCAACCUCAGGCUGGAGCCAGAGUUUGACACUAACCCAGGGCUUGGGCUUUUUCCGGCCCCAUCUGCCAGCCCUCACUCCCCGUCACCAGAUGCAGAGUAUGACAAACUACUGGAUGUGGAGGCGGUGCCAAUGCCUGACGGACAGCUCUGCCUACUGGCCCUCCCUCCCGAGUGCUCCCAAAGGGAAGGGCAAGCCGCCAUGCCAUAUCUCAAAUUGUUCUGCCGCUACAUCACUGACCGCAAGGGUGUGGUUUCUGGUAUCUUGCUAGUGACGUCCAAUAAGAUCUUCUUUGACCCGUGUAAGACCCACCCGUUGGUGAUGGAGCACGGCUGUGAGGAGUACCUGCUGUCUUGCUCAGUGGACAGCCUGGACUCUGUCUCGUUCUACACAGACAUUUCCCACGUACACUUCAACACCUCCACACACAGGUGGAAAGGAACUAAAAAGACCCAGAAAACUGGCUCCAAAACUGGCAAGACGCUCCAGCAGUGUGGGAGGCGAAGCAGCAGUAUCAGACAGGAGAAGGAGCAGUCUGUGAGGAAUCGGACGUCAGGCCUCUCUAGACCUUCAGGAACUUUUGGGUGUCUCAUGUUUGUCAGGCUGCGGCUCCAGGGUUCCGCUGGGAAGAAGGGUGUGGCUGCAGGCUUGCAGCUGGGGACAACAAAAACCUUACCCCGGAGGGAUGCCUGGUUCGCCUUUUCCCAGGAGAGCUCAGACGAGCUCUACGCCUAUCUGAGCCACUGGAGGCCUGACCUAUGCAUACUGGAGGGAGGGUCGGAGGAAGGGGAGGGCGACAAAGACGAGUUUGUACUGGUCGACAACGGAGAGGAGGAGGAGGAAGAAGUGUCCAAGAACCACGGACGGACUGGGGAGGACUGGGAGAUGGUGUCAGUGGAGGAGGGUGGCGGGAGACUACCUCUGGUCAUGGACAAAGAUCCAGAGGGACUGUGUGAGAUCGUGGAGCAGAGUCGCAUCUUAGACGCAAAGCUUGUCAGAGAGCUCUCAGCCGAGUUGCCUCCCAGGACAGUGGGCCACAUGUGGCAUCUGGCCUACAGCACGUCUCUUCACGGCUCCAGCCUCAAGUCCCUCUACCGGAAGCUGAACGGCAGCGACUCGCCUGUACUCAUGGUCAUCAAGGACUCGCUCAAUCAGGUGUUUGGGAGCUUUCUCUCUCACCCACUGAGGCCGAGCGAGACCUUCUAUGGCACAGGAGAGACAUUCCUCUUCAUGCUGCAUCCUCGAUUCAAGUGUUUCAGAUGGACAAGAGAGAACUCCUUCUUCAUAAAGGGAGACCUGGACUCUUUUGCUAUCGGAGGAGGAAGUGGUCACUUUGGCCUGUGGCUGGAUGAGACGCUGUACUUGGGCAGGAGUAGCCCCUGUUACACCUUCAACAACUGCUGCCUCUCGGAAAGAGACGACUUCCACGUCAUAGAGCUGGAGGUGUGGACGUUCUGGUGAAGGCCUGCCCUCUUCAACUUGCCUAGCAACACCCACUCACAAUGUCUGGCUGUCCAAUGACUGCUUUAACCAAGACUCUAGAACCCAUCUCUUCUAGAACAAUGAGUUGGAUGUACCUCACUAUUUUGACUUAAUUCUGUGGUUUUGGGCUGCGAACUGAACUGUGAUUAUUCUGAACCCUAUCUCUGAAUGUGGACCAAACCAUUAGGUGGAGGAGGGGUGUUGGUGGUUUGGGACUGAGGUUGUAGCCUCACUGCAUUGGAAGACUUGCCCUGUUGCAGCCCCCCACUCCUUUCGCAGCUUGGUAUGGUCCUCAUGUUCAACUGACUCUGCAUUGUGGAUACUGUAGUUCAGUGGUGGAAUUCACAUCUUCUAGCAAUGGAUCUCCAUCUGAAGGCCUACCUGCAUGUGUAAGCCUGCAUUUCCACCCCAGCACAAUUAGCACUGUUAUUCUGGCACCAUCUUUUUGCUGCCUGUGAAUUGCUAACCUGAAGGUGGCUGUCUCUUUUGUAAAAUGGCGGAACUGAAAUUCAAAGAACUAGGGGCUCACUAUGCCCCUUUUUGCAUAUAGACCAAAUUAUAUGAACUGAUGUACAAAUUUAGUCAACGUGAACAAAAAAAGGACUUGAGGGACAUGGUCUAACCUGAAUAUCUUUAGAAAUGUUUGUUACCCACUCAAUCAAACAAUACCUGAAAGUUGCUGUCACUGAUCAGAAGUUAGAUCUAUGUUCCCACAAUAUAACAAGUAGACAAAAUCAACAAAAUGUGAAAAAUAGGGCUAAUGUUAUUAUAACAUGUCUUUAUCUGAUACUUUUUGAGAAACAUCGAUUUCAUCCAGUGGUCAUUGCAAGCUUACGGACCGACAAUAACAAUCAAGACUCCUUUUAGCAAAGACCCAAUCUAU